GGGAAGCACACACGAUGCUGAGUGUAUGUCUUUAUCAUUGAUCUCUUUAUAAAUCUUGCUUGGUGUGUGUUGUAAGUGUGAAGCCUUAAGAAUCUGCAGUCUUCAAAUCAAUUGACUUGAACCGGAAAACUGAGUCCAAUUAAAGGUGAACAUGAACAGGAGCAGCUGCAACAGUACAUUUCAAAGAGAACUGUUACCUUCUAUAUACGGUGUGGAGAUGUGUGUGGCACUGGUGGGAAACAUAUUGUCACUGUGUCUGCUUGUGAUUAAGGAAAGAAAGAACUGGAAUAUAGCAAUGGCGUUCUCCUGCAACCUGAUCAUCAGCAACAUCUUCUAUGCCCUUACUCUCCCCCUUCUUAUUGACUACUAUUCAAAAGCAUUAAAAUGGGAUUUUGGUGAUGCUGUCUGCAGAGUAGAGCGUUUUCUCUUCACCUGUAACCUCUAUGUGAGCAUUUACUUCAUCAUGUGCAUCAGUGUCAUUCGAUACAUGGCCAUUGUUCAUCCUUUCUUCACUUCUGAGCACAUUUCCUUAAAACACGCCAAGAUCAUCAGUGUGUUCAUCUGGAUCUCUGUGGCAAGCAUUUCCUCUCCCAUCCUUUACUAUUCAGGUGUCAAGAACGACAGAUGCUCCUUAUUUUCAGAGCCAGGCCAGGAACCCAAUAAGGUUAUCUUUAGGGUGUGUAUGGCUGUUAUAGGUUGUUUGGUCCCGUGUGUAGUUACUUUUGCAUCCUAUUUUAGUGUAAUGGUAGCUGUUUUUAAAAAUGCAAAAAUCACCUCCCUGCAAAAGAAAAAAGUGUCUCUGAUGGUGGUCUUAGUCUGCACCCUGUACACUGUGUCUUUUAUCCCCUAUCACAUUCUGCAACUAUGGUAUUUUAAAGUAAAGGAGGAAAAUAAUACAAAUUAUUAUGCGUGUAACGGAUACCCAGUGUCGAAGACCCUAGCCUGCCUCAACAUGUGCCUUCAUCCCAUCCUGUACAUGGCUGUGUUUAACAAUGUCACAUGUUUAAGAAGGAGCCCGAAUUUAGUUUUAUGA